ACCGUUUCCAGUUUCUGAAGAGGGCUCGUCGGUGGCCGCGCUUAGUUUUCAAAAUUUCCGAACUCGGGCCCGACCUCUGAGAGAACUCAUCGAAGAAUGUUCUACCACAUUUCCUUGGAGCACGAAAUUCUGCUCCAUCCGCGGUACUUCGGUCCGCAACUCAUGGAAACGGUGAAACAGAAGCUCUUCACCGAAGUCGAGGGAACUUGUACCGGGAAGUACGGCUUCGUGAUCGCAGUCACCGCGAUUGAUUCCAUCGGAGACGGCCUAAUACAACCGAACCGAGGAUUCGUAGUGUACCCUGUCAAAUACAAAGCGAUAGUAUUCAGACCUUUCAAAGGAGAAGUUCUAGACGCCGUUGUCACUCAAGUCAACAAAGUCGGCAUAUUCACUGAAAUCGGACCCCUUUCGUGCUUUAUUUCGAGGCACUCCAUUCCGCCGGACAUGCAAUUCGACCCGAAUUCGACGCCACCAUGUUACAAAAACGCGGAAGACGACUGCAUACAAGCUGACGACGACAUAAGGUUGAAAAUUGUGGGAACUCGUGUGGACGCGACAGAUAUUUUCGCCAUAGGGACUCUGAUGGACGAUUAUCUUGGAGCGAUCGGCGGCUCCGGUUGAGAGCCGUUUGUAACUAAAUCUGUAAAAAGAGCAUGUGAAUACGCGAUCGAAUAAAUAUGUAAAGCUCAUGGGAACAUCUCCGAGGCCCGUUU